AUGGUCUACUUAUAUACCCCGAAUCAGAUUGCUGUUUAUAAACUUGGUGACAGGAAAUGGACGCCUGUUUUCGCUAGUAAUCAUCAUGAAUGGGUUUCCGUCAUAUUUUACCAUGGUAACUUCUACUCGAUUGAUGAGCUUGGUGUGCUCCGACGUUUCUUGUUGGAUAAAUCUCAUUCUAAUUACAAGGAGGAAGAGGUAUGCAAUGGUACUUGUAAUGUCAACCAAUACAGGUACUUGGUGGAGGGGUCGUGGUCUGGUGAAUUGUUGAUGGUUGUGAGGAUUUAUGAACAUCAUAUAUGCAGAACCAAAACCAAGUCGUUUGAGAUUUUUAAGUUAAAUUGGGGUAAUGGUAAAUGGGAAGAGGUGAGUAAUUUGGGUCAUCGAGCUCUAUUCUUGACUACUAAUGAUUCGAAAUUCGUUUCAGUUAGAUAUAAUCCUGAAUAUACACUCAAUUCAAUCUAUUUCAUUGAAGAUACAAAUACAAGGAUGAAAGAUUUCGGAGUGUAUGAUUUGGCAACACGCAACAUAAAGCCAUUACAUCCAUCUCAAAAUCAUAUGCAACAAGCUGUAUAUUAUCGUUGGUUUCAACCGGUCCCAUAA